AUGCCCAACUCUGAGUUCGUCGGACUUCGAUGCCAACAACACUCUCCGCCGGCUUCGUUGCAACUCUCUCCGGCUCUGGUACACACCGGCCUGACCCAAUUGCAAGUGGUUUCGGUCGGCUCGAUCACCGCCUCCUCCAGCCCCAGCAACCAGGCCAACCAGACUCGUCACCUCGGCCAACCGGCCUCGAUUCCGCUGUUGAUGAUGAUGUCGUCGACCCUGCAACCGAGUCCCGGCGGCGCCGGGCCGGCCGCCAAUGUCGGUACCACCGGCGGCGGUAGCGGAGCCAGCUGUACCGGCAGCCUGCCCGGCGGAUACGGGUCCGGGUGCGGUAGUUCGAGUCCCCCUCCUCCUCCUCCUCCUCUUCCUCCUCCUCCGCCGCCGCCACCGCCGCCGCUGAUUUCAUCUUCGUCCGCAUCUUCACCGUCGAAGCACCAGAUGCCCUUCAUUGGACACGGCCGGUCGUCGGGAGGCUGUUCUAAGGGACCUCUGGUCUGUCUGGUCGGGUUCGAUUCGGACGCCGCCGGCGUCGGCGAACCCGCAGCCGGCGGCAGACUUGCCUCGAGGCUGGGCUCUGCGACAGGUCGAAACGAAGAUGAAGAUAGCAUCCCCGAGGGUCUGGCGAGCAUAGCCGAGGGAGAAGUUAUCCGAAAUAAAGGCGCCAGAGGUGAGGAAAUGGCAAUUAAGGCUUGCCGGAAAAAAUGA